GCUUUCCAGUUAUGCGUUUUUCGCACGCACGCACGCACGCACGCACGCACGCACGCACGCACGCACGCACGCACGCAAGGAAAUGUUUAAACCUUGGUAAAGGUUUUUAUAUUUAACAAAUCAAUUUACAAAUGCACACAAACGUGGGUGAAAAACGCAGGCGCCUUAUAGGUACUAAAUUGUCUGAUCGAGUUCUCUCUCUUUUCCUAUAGCAUGGCGCGCGACAUUCCAUUUCGGAGACCACUUUGGUUGCCUCAGGAGAUCGUUAUACCUCCUCGCUUGCAGACAUGUGAUAGAGUUAGCAGAUAUUGUACCGACACAUAUAAAGCUAAACGAAGGGCCAUUGGUUUAAAAUUGAACGCACGCAUCGUGCACGAAAAAAAAACAACGUCUGAUCUUAAGAAAAAUGAUAUCCUCGUUGGAGACAUAGUUGCCAGUACUAUACUAGUUGGUGGUGGUGCCGCUCUUGGUGCCGCAGGUGGCGCCGCUCUUGGAGGCGCUGCAGCAUUAGGUGCAGAGAAAGGCGCCGAAGUUGGAUUAGUAGGUGGAGGACCUCUUGGGGCAGGCAUUGGGCUUGUAGCUGGUGCAGUGGGCGGAAUUUUUAUUUUCUGGGUGGGAAAAAAGAUGUUUAAGCCUAAAGAGGAAGAACACACGAUACAAAUUGAUAGGUACACGCGUAAGCCAGCAAAGACCGUUGGUGAUCCUUCACCGUUGAAUCUUCGCGACCAAGUCACAGAAAGAGAAAUCGAAAUUAAUGCUGCAAUUAACCCAAUCCACGCACUUGGCGAAGACGCUAAACAAUGGUAUUAUUUGGCUCGUUUAGGCCGUUAUUGUUGGAUAGAAAGAGGUCAAGUUGAUGAUCCAGCCCAACACAGGCUUGCUGCAGAAUGCGCAUACGAUAUUGCCACUGCGUGUCAUAUGAACCUUGGCGUAUUUCAGUGGCCAUGAGGCAUGACGUCUAUGAGAAACAUAAAUAUGUAGUUUGUAAGCAUGAAAGCAUACCUGACAAAAACAUCGCUUGUAAUUACAGUAAUACAGGACCAUCUGAUAGUAUAUACACGCUAUUAUAGCUCGUUUUGAACAUGCGAAGUGACGUCAUACUGUAGAUGUGUUUAUAAUAGAUAAAUAGAUAAGUUCUUUAAUAAUUUUACAUUGGAGCCCUCAAUAGUAUACGCACGAUUCUGGAUAUUAAUUGUUUAUAAUAUUGGUCAUAGAGGCCAGUGUCAGAAUAUUACUAGGUAAUGAGUCUUAAUUAUUAUACGCAUAUUACCUAAUUUAUCCGUACUAUGGUAUUUGUUGUUGGGUAUAUUAACAUGAUUAUAAAGAUGGAUCUUGGAAGCUCGAUGUGCGUGUAAGCUAGGCUGUAUGUUGUUGUAGAUAACCAAUUGUCGUAAUGCGCGCGCUAUUUUCUCUCUGAUAGAUGAAAAACAAAUUUUGAAAUCGUCAGCUAAUUUUGGUGCAUCUUUGCUUGGUUUUGAUUUCUGUUUUCUGAAUAGAAUUUCAUUAUUGACUUUCAAAAAGCUCCAGAGUUAUUUUGCAUUUGUUAAUCCCUUUGCUGAUGUAAUGCUUUUGACGUUGUCCUAAUUUUGAUUUAACGGAAUUUCGGGCAUUUUAAUGGUUUAACUAAUCAAUGGAC